GCAGGCGCUCACGCACACAGCUCACAGACGCUGUCGCUUUGCAAGUGCAGAACAGAGCGUUAAGCUUUUAAGACAAGCCUGCACUAAUACACGUGCAAGCACACGCAUACUCACAUAUAUAUCUUUGCCAGCACUGCUUUAAAGCUACUUUUGGCGGUAGGUUGUCAACUCAACCGCAUUCGCACGGCGACAGUUGUUCCAUUUACAUUAGAAAUGUACAUUCAAUUAACUAUGCGGCUUAUUUUGGCGCUCGUACUGAGCCAGGGCGCGCAUCCUGUGCGUGCUGACAUUGCAGAUGUGGGCCACUAUUCGCAAGCGCUAGUCGAUUCGAUUCUGGAUAUCUAUGUGGGAAACGGCAGCAGCAGCAGCAGGCGCAGUGACUCAGUGGACCCGGGUGAUAGCAAAGAAGAUUUUGAGACUACGCUCAUUGUGCCCACCUAUAUCUACCCGUAUCUUCUGCUGGCGCUGUGGGUAGCAUGCAUAGGUUGCAUCAUUUGCUGUUGUUUAUAUUGCAAGUGCCAGCAGGCGGAUAACAUGACGGCCUACAACUCCAACUCCUUUGAGCUACAGGAAGUGCAUGUUCUGGAUCAUCCGCUGCCGCAUGUCAAGGGCUGCGUUUGCCUCGGCUGUCUGCAGCGGCAGGUUGCCAAGGAGCUGCAGCUAAAACGCGAACAAUAAAAAAAAUUUAACUAAGAAACA